GCCACCGAGCCCCAUGAACCUGCUGCGCAUCGUGCUGCUCCUGGGGACUGCAGCUGCAGCCUGGGGCAGUUUAAAGCUCAAGGGGCGUCCAUGCCACCCCCACGCACAGCCCUGGCAGGCAGCCAUCUUCGAACGCGCCAAGUACAACUGCGGUGCCACCCUCAUCAGCAGUAGAUGGGUCCUGACUGCAGCCCACUGCCUGACUGGCCCCGUCCAUGUGCGCCUGGGGGAUUACAACCUGUAUGUCCGUGAGGAGACCGAGCAGGACAAAGCUGUGGCCAAAAGCAUCAUCCACCCCGGCUACAACUGCACGGACCACGACAACGACAUCAUGUUGCUCAAGCUGCAGACCCCGGCCAGGCUCAACCGCUACGUCCAGCCGCUAGGCCUGGCCUCCCGGUGUGCGGAGCCUGACGAGCUGUGCUCGGUGUCGGGGUGGGCCACCGCCCUCAACGCCCCCGAAAACAUCUCCAUCAUCCUCUACUGCACCAAGGUCCACAUUGUCUCCGAUGAGCAGUGCACGGCCAACUUCCCCAGGCAUGUCAACAGGAACAUGGUCUGCGCAGGCUUGAAGGGUGGGGGCACGGAUUCCUGUGAGGGCGACUCCGGCGGCCCGCUGGUGUGUAACGGGAAGCUGCAGGGCGUCGUGUCUUGGGGCGACGUGCCGUGCGCCUCCACCAUGAAACCCGGCGUUUACAUGAACGUCUGUAAAUACUACGACUGGCUGCUGGCCACCAUGUGGGGAAACUGA